CCUAGGCGGCCCGCAGGCCAGGGGCGGAGACGAGUGGAGGGGCCCAGGACUUUCCGCUCUACAGGACUAGGGGCCCUGGCACUCAGAAUAAGACAGGGAGAGAGAGAAUUCUCUCUCUCACUUCUUGCCGUCUCUUCAGGACGCUCCUUCCAGAGAAACCUGAGUGGUCUGGGAGGCAAGGUAUCCAUAUAUACCAAGGCCGUCUCGGUUGUGCUCUCUUCCUGAAGCCGUUUGUGGCGUCAACCAGUCAUGGAUAAAGGAACCUCUGAAGUCAGUCCCGACACGCCUACAUUGACCAUCAAGAAGAAAGAAAAAUGCCUCAAAUCCAAGGAGGUUCCCAAAAGUGUGCUGAUCUUUUUAAUUUGUAGGCAACUGGGGAGGCACAGAAGUGAUGUGGAUUUGUCCAAGUGGCUGUGGAUGCUGACUUAAGUCACACCCAGGGCCAAAAAGUCAAAAAAGCUACCUACUUAUGCCUGCUUGUAAUUUUAGAAAAAAAAAAAGACAACAAAACUUAGAAUAACAAACUCCUCCCUUGUUU